UAAAACUUGAUUCUCAAGUUGAGUUUCUUUUGGUUAAUCAAAGUUGGGACAGCAACGCAACUAUUAUUUUCUCCUCAAUCUCCAACUCAAUUCUCAUGUUGUUUCGAGUCUUUUUUAAUUGUGAUCAUUUCAAUUGUGUUCAAAAGGUCCACUGGAUAAGAAAUUGAUCAACAAGAAGAAGAAAAAAAGUUCCAAAUAGUUGGAAAUUAAUCUGAACGGAAUAACAUUCAAGUUACUUUUGGUUUCUCUUAAUCUUGUGUUUCUCAUGUUCACCAGAAUUUCAACCCAAUAACUUGUUUCUGUGAUUCAGUGCCUUCAAUUAAUCAAGGAUUUAAUUUACUCUUUACAAUUAACUUUUCUUCAUCCCAAUUGAAAUUCUCAGAGUCUAAUUCCAAAAAGUCUCUGAAUAGUUAUCUCAUAAUUUCCAGAUUCUACUUAUUUUCUCAAUGGUAGAGAAAGAACUUGGUUAACUAAAUAAUAUCCGAAAUUCAGUUCCGAGUCCAACCGAAGAGGAAACAUUUCUCUUCCGGAAUUGAUUAACUUCAGUGAUCAUAUUCAAAAUCAUUGGCUUCAAGAAUUCACCUUGAUCAUCUUGACCUUUUCUCUCCCUCAGAUGCAAAUAUUUUUGUGUAUACAGUCAAAGCUUAAAUUGCAACAAUCAAUUUCUAACCAACCAUCAAAUUCAAUCAAGUUAAUUUAAAGAUUGCAUGAUAUGAUUUACAUAAACAUCAAGUUAAUCAGCUUUUGGUGAAAUCAGUGCCAUUGAUUUGAGAUUACGAAGCAAACACAAAAAAAAGUGCACCAUUAGGUUAACGGAACUUGAUUGGAACAAAAUUAUCAUCCAAACAUGUUAUCCUCUGAUGAUGAGAAACUCCGCCGUAAUUUACUUAAAUCAGGUCAAUUAUUUGAAGACAACGAUUUUCCGACAACCCAAUCAUCAGUGUUUUACCAUCAAACUCCUCCAUUUACAUUUGUAUGGAAAAGACCAAAGGAAUUAACUAAUUAUCCAGUUUUCCUUGAUGAUGCCAUCCUUUUUAACUCUCACAACUUUUUCGAUAUUAAUCCCGGUAAAUUGGGCGAUCGGUGGUUAGUCUCAAGCAUGGCCUCACUGACCCUGACCAAAGGAUUAUUUUACCGAGUUGUACCCGCUGACCAGUCUUUUGAUCCAGAUAAUUAUUGUGGCCUUUUCAGGUUUCGAUUAUGGUGGCACGAUGAAUGGAAAGAGGUUGUAAUUGAUGAUCGGCUACCAACGGUCAACAAUAAACUCGUUUUCAUCCAGUCAACUAAAGGUGACACUUUUUGGGCAUCGUUAUUGGAAAAGGCUUAUGCUAAACUCCAUGGGUCCUACGAGGCUCUCAAAUAUGGAUCAACUGUUGAAGGAUUAUCGGAUUUAACUGGAGGAGUGACUGAAAGUAUCUCAUUGAGAGAAGAGUCAACAUCUUGUUCUACAAUGAUUUGUAAAUUACUCUCGAUGACUUCAAUUGUUACCACCGUUGUUUCCAAUGAGAAUUCACCAUCGACACAAACCAACGGAAAUCCAGUUUCAUAUUCGCAUGAAAGAUUACCAAAUGGAAUCUAUUCAACAAUCAACUAUCGAAUAAUUGAUUUCCAACGAUUGGAUCGACAAGAAUCUUCUCCGAUUUUGUUGAAACUACGAAAUCCACUUGGAUCAUCUUCAGAUUAUGUUGGUAGUUGGAAUAAAGAUUCACAUAAAUGGUCAACAUUGACCAAUGAUGAGAGAGAAUUACUAUCAUGUGAAGAGGGUGAAUUCUGGAUGUCAUAUCAUGAUUUCAUGAAGACAUUUACCUCACUUGAAGUUAUCCAUUUGGAUGCCGAAACCAGUAAAGAUGAACCAACACUGCGAGGGAAAUGCCCCUGGUGUAUUAAAUUCUGGAGAGGUAUUUGGCGUAAAGGUGUAACUGCCGGAGGCUGUCGUAACCACGUACAAACGUUUCAUACUAAUCCUCAACUGUUAAUUACUCUGACUAAUCCAGAUACUAUUGUUAUCUGUUUAAAUCAACACUCGGUUUUAGAGCCAAAAGUGAUUGGAUUUAGUCUUUACUCUUAUAGUAAUUCGGUUGAGUAUUCAAAUGAAACUCGAUUGGAUAAGAGUUUUUUCAAAAGAAAUCGAUCACUUUACAAUUCCCUUUAUACGAACACGAAGCAGAUCUCAUUAAGGUGCCAAUUAGAAGAGGGUAAAUAUGUUCUAAUACCCACAAGUUUCGAACCAGGACAAGAAGGACAGUUUUCAAUACGAGUUUAUUCAAUUCAUCCCAUCAAAUUAACUUUUCUUGACUCGUUGCCAUCGCUAAUCAAAUCUCCAAUCAUCAAAGCUCCUCCAUCUUUUGACCUUAAAUUUAGUCAAUAUGAAACAAUGUUUCUUCAGCUCGCAGAUGAGCAUAAAACUGUCAAUGCCUUUGAGCUACAAGAACUUCUUGAAAGUUGUUUACCAAAUGAUUAUGUUAAAAGUUGCGCCACUUUGGAGGUUUGUCGACAAAUCAUCGCCACAUUAGAUACCAGCAAUUCUUAUGGAAGGUUAAAGUUCACUGAUUAUAAGAAUAUCAUGUGUUCGUUGCGAUUCUGGCAGGCGAUAUUUAAGAAUCACACCAAAGGUACUUCAGGUAUUCUGAGGGCUGAUAAAUUGAAGGAAGCUCUUCAUGAUGUUGGUUUCGAGUUGAACAUUGAAAUCCUUUCCUAUUUAGUUUUACGAUACAUGAGGAAAGACGGAACUCUUAGAUUCGGUGAUUUUGUCCAUAGUAUUCUCCAUCUUUGUAUUGCUUUCUCUUUAUUUGAUAAAAAAGAUUCUAUGAAAACUGGAACAAUCAAGAUGAGUUUAACCGAAUGGAUUAAGGCUUGUCUUUUAUCAUAAUCUUUAUA